UCACUCACACGUAAGGAAUUCAUACUGUCGGACUGUCGCCGGAGCAUUUGCAGAGAAUCCAGGGGAAGCAUACUGUCGUCUCUGUCGUCGUGUCCAUUCUUUUAUUCGUCCCCCCGCCGAAAAUCACAGCCGUACAAUUCUCCCCCCGUUGGACACGUGGCGAUGAUCCGGAGGAUGUCCACGGUAGCUUGUAAUGGUCUUGACCUUGUGGAAUAAAGAACUUGCGGGGACAGCCUUCAAUGCCUUGGUGUGGCGUUUCCUUCUCCUAUUUUAAUCGCUUUCUUCUCCUAUCUUUACGCUCUGAUUGGAUUUUGCUACCGGGUUGGUUCAUAUUUGGUAAUUGAUUGGGUUUUAGGUGCGAAUUGGGGAUUUGUAGAGUUAGGGAUUUGAAUUUGGGGUUGAUUUUUAGGGUUUUUGGAAAUUGGGGAUGGAGAACGCGGACCCUAGUGAUCAUAGCAAGAAGAGUCUGGGGAGGAGCAGCAACAGCCACAUAUCGUUGUCGGACACCGAAUCGACGACCAGUCAGGUCGAUUCGUGGCACUCGCCGCUCCGAUCGGAGUCGCCGCUUCGCUCCGACGAUCCCUCUUUUCGUCCGGAGAAAGACGACUCUGGUGUUAACAGCGGGAAGUCUCUUGUUCUUGUCGAUAAGUACAACUCUCCGGUUCCGGCGAGUUCUGAGGCAAUUGGACGGAAAGGGAUGCGGCCGUGGCCUCACUCGGAGAAGCACGCAUCGGAGCAUAUAGAUUUGCGGGAAGAUCCUCCGUUGGAAGUCGGGAAUGGCGGUCGGACGGAUCAGUACUCUCCGGCGGAGAAGCGGGUGCCGGAGAAUGUUGAUACGCCGCCCAAGGCUCCGUCUCCGGUUGUUUUAGGGGUUAACAAGAUGGUGAGGGAGGAACCACCUGCAGGGAUGAAGAAGAUCGGACCAUUAGGCGACGACGGCGGCGGAUUGGAGGAAGGACGUAGAGGUAGAGGUAGAGGUAGAGGUAGAAGAGGGUAUGAGGAUGAGGUGGGUGGAGAUACUCAGUCGAGGGCGGCGGUGGCGUCGAUUCUGAAGAGGUCGGAGAUGAAUAUGGUUGUGAAGAAGGCAGCCAUGGCGCUUAGAUUGUUUGAAGUUGUUGCUUGUUUGAUUUCAUUCUCAGUUAUGGCUGCUGACAAGACUCAGGGUUGGAGUGGCGACUCUUUCGAUCGAUACAAGGAGUAUCGAUAUUGCCUGUCAAUAAACGUAAUUGGAUUUGUGUACGCUGCUUUCCAAGCCUUUGAUCUCGCAAAACACUUGCGCACAGGGCGGCAUAUCUUUGCCCAUCCUCUGCGCUUCCAUUUCGAUUUUGCAAUGGAUCAGAUACUGGCAUAUCUUCUGAUGUCCGCAUCGUCGUCGGCUGCAACGAGGGUGGACGACUGGGUCUCUAACUGGGGCGGAGACGAGUUCACAUUGAUGGCCAGCGCGUCAAUCGCCAUGUCAUUCCUUGCAUUCAUAGCCUUCGCAUCGAGCUCACUUAUAUCCGGCUACAACCUCUGCAACCACGACUCAACUUGAAAACGCCUACAACACCCGAAUGUAUAUAUAUAUGUAUGUAUUCGCCGUACCUACCUUUCCCCUUCACCAUAUUGUUUAGCAAAUUGUUUCCUUUCGAUCGAACUCUAGAAGAAGCUGUACAUACAUAUAUAGAGAUAUAUAGAAGAAAAUGUUGUUUUGUUUUUUUGCUCCUGUUGUAGAUAGUGAGAGGUGAAUAAAUGAGUAAGGUGCUAAGAUGUGUCGAACAAUCAUCGAGCCAUAUUUCUUAUCAACUUUAAUUUGAGUCAUUUGUCGUCGAUA